UCCCGUGUAACGUAACCUCGCUUUAUUAUGUGGUUAAAUAAAAUAGAACGUGGUUUACGCAUGACGUGUUUCAGUUUAAUUAAUGAUUGAUAUUGACGGUUUAUAAUUGAACGAAUGUGAAUUUGUUUGCAGAUUGAUAUUCCCUGUUCGUCGCGCGGGAAUGACAGACGACUGUCGUAUUGGCGGGAAAGUGUCGUCUGUUUGAAUUCAAUAGAUAUGUACACUGAUUGUGUUGUGUUGUGAAUUUUAUGGUACUCGUAAUUUUGUUCAUCAUUUGUGUAAUUUGGUAUAUAUUCAAUUUAGUUUUUAGAAGGAGGAAGAAAGAAAUAGGUACAGCGAUGGCUGACGACGGGCGCAACAGCCAGGAGCAAGCCCACUCGUCCAGCGACAGCGACAACUUCGAGAAGAUCGGCUCUGACGAUGGACGGAAUGACGAGAAUAGCGACCCAAACUUCACGGUUGGAGACGAGUCCUCGGACCCUGGAGUGGAAGAGGGCCCGGCGCACGAGGGAGGGGACUCGUUCCCGAACGCUCCUCCGCCGAACAUCAGGCGAGUGCUGACGAAAGCGCAGCAGCUCGCCCUGGCCGAGAGGAGAAGCAAGCUGAGGCCCUCUAUGUCCCAGGGGACUGUUAUUCACAGCCAACGCUUCCAAGAAAAAGACUUCACUGUAGCUACACCUGAGGAGUUUGUGAGACGGUUCCAAGGCACCAAGCCUAUUAACAAAGUGUUGAUAGCGAACAACGGUAUUGGUGCUGUAAAAUGCAUGCGCUCGAUACGAAGAUGGUCGUACGAAAUGUUCAAGAACGAACGGGCUGUUCGUUUUGUAGUUAUGGUGACACCGGAAGAUCUGAAAGCGAAUGCAGAGUACAUAAAGAUGGCGGAUCAUUACGUACCGGUGCCGGGCGGGUCGAACAACAACAACUACGCGAACGUAGAGCUCAUAGUAGACAUCGCAGUCAGGACUCAAGUGCAGGCGGUGUGGGCGGGCUGGGGCCACGCGUCGGAGAACCCGAAGCUGCCGGAGCUGCUGCACCGCGCGGGCGUGGUGUUCAUCGGCCCGCCGGAGAAGGCCAUGUGGGCGCUCGGGGACAAGAUCGCCUCGUCCAUUGUGGCGCAGACCGCCGAGAUACCCACGCUGCCGUGGAGCGGGAGCGAAUUGAAGGCCGAGUAUAACUCUAAGAAGAUCAAGAUAUCGUCGGAGCUGUUCGCGCGAGGCUGCGUCACCACACCGGAGCAGGGGCUCCAGGCUGCGAAUAAGAUUGGUUUCCCCGUGAUGAUCAAGGCGUCUGAAGGCGGUGGCGGUAAGGGUAUCAGAAAGGUUGAGAACGCCGACGACUUCAACAACAUGUUUAGACAGGUCCAAGCCGAAGUCCCCGGUUCGCCUAUAUUUGUCAUGAAGUUGGCGAAGUCCGCGCGGCAUUUGGAAGUCCAGCUCUUGGCUGAUCAGUACGGUAACGCGAUAUCCCUGUUCGGUCGUGACUGUUCCAUCCAGCGUCGUCACCAGAAGAUCAUCGAGGAGGCGCCCGCCGCCAUCGCCAAGCCUGAUGUGUUUAUCGAAAUGGAAAAAGCGGCUGUGCGUCUAGCCAAAAUGGUGGGGUACGUGAGCGCGGGUACCGUGGAAUAUCUGUACGAACCUGCCAGCGGUUCCUACUACUUCCUGGAGCUUAACCCUCGGCUGCAAGUGGAGCAUCCCUGCACGGAAAUGGUGGCCGACGUCAACUUGCCGGCUGCGCAGCUACAGAUCGCUAUGGGUCUUCCUCUGUAUCACAUUAAGGAUAUCCGUCUGCUAUACGGCGAGUCGCCGUGGGGCAUGACCCAGUUGGACUUCGACGAGCCGAAGCAGCGUCCGUCGCCGUGGGGCCACGUGAUCGCCGCCAGGAUCACAUCAGAGAACCCUGAUGAAGGUUUCAAACCAUCAUCGGGCACGGUCCAGGAGCUGAACUUCCGUUCCUCGAAGAAUGUGUGGGGCUACUUCAGUGUGGCUGCUUCCGGUGGACUUCACGAGUUCGCUGAUUCACAGUUUGGACACUGCUUCUCCUGGGGAGAGACCAGGGAGCAGGCUAGAGAAAACUUGGUAAUUGCCCUCAAAGAGCUGAGCAUUCGUGGUGACUUCCGUACCACGGUGGAAUACCUGAUCACACUGCUGGAGACGGCCGCCUUCCAAGAGAACAACAUCGACACCAGCUGGCUCGACGCGCUUAUAGCCGAGAGGGUCCAAUCGGAGAAGCCGGACAUCAUGCUGGGCGUCAUCUGUGGCUCUAUACUGAUCGCGGACAGCAUCAUCACUGCCAACUUCCAAGAGUUCAAGAGCGCAUUAGAGAAGGGUCAGAUCCAGGGCUCGAGCCAAUUGUCCAACACAGUGGACGUGGAGUUGAUCCACACGGGCCACAAAUACAAAGUGUCCGUUACCAAGUCUGGGCCUACGUCGUACUUCCUGGCCAUGAACGGGAGCUUCAAGGAGCUGGAGGUGCACAAAUUGACUGAUGGCGGUACACUUUUGUCAGUCGACGGCGCAUCCUUCACGACAUAUUUGAAAGACGAAGUGGACAAAUACCGCAUCGUGAUCGGAAACCAGACGGUGGUGUUUGACAAGGAGAAGGACCCGUCGAAGUUGAGAGCUCCCUCGGCCGGCAAGCUCAUCAACACGCUGGUCGAGGAUGGCGGGCACGUGGACAAGGGACAGCCGUAUGCUGAGAUCGAGGUAAUGAAAAUGGUGAUGACCCUGUCUGCGCCGGAGUCCGGCAAAGUGACGUGGAACCUCCGGCCUGGUGCUGUACUGGACAUGGGCUCCCUUAUGGGCACUCUUGAGUUGGAUGACCCAUCGCUAGUAACGACAGCACAGCCGUACAAGGGUCAAUUCCCGCUUGACGACAACCAACAAGUCUCCGAGAAGCUGAACCACGCCCACAACAAGUACAGAGCCAUCUUGGAGAACACGCUUCAAGGCUACUGCCUGCCCGAGCCGUACAACACGCCGCGUCUGCGCGAGGUGGUGGAGAAGUUCAUGUUGAGUUUGCGAGACCCAUCGCUGCCGCUACUGGAACUUCAGGAGGUAUUGUCAUCCACGUCAGGCCGCAUACCGAUCUCUGUGGAGAAGAAGGUGCGCAAGCUCAUGGCGUUGUACGAGAGGAACAUUACCAGUGUGCUCGCGCAGUUCCCCAGUCAGCAGAUAGCCAGCGUCAUCGACCACCACGCGGCGUCGCUGGCGAAGCGUUCGGACCGCGACGUGUUCUUCAUGAGCACGCAGGCGCUGGUGGUGCUGGUGCAGCGCUACCGCAACGGCAUCCGCGGCCGCAUGAAGGCCGCCGUGCACGACCUGCUGCGCCAGUACUACCAGGUCGAGAGCCACUUCCAACUCGGUUCUUACGACAAAUGCGUGGUGGCUCUGCGUGAUAAAUACAAAGAUGACAUGCAAGCUGUCUCCAACAUGAUCUUCUCACACAACCAAGUGCCAAAGAAAAAUCUACUGGUGACGUUGCUGAUUGACCAUUUAUGGUCUAACGAGCCGGGCCUGACGGAUGAGCUAGCAGCCACGCUCAACGAGCUAACCUCACUGCACAAGGCCGAACACAGUCGCGUCGCUUUGAGAGCGAGACAGGUGCUGAUCGCUGCCCACCAACCGGCGUACGAGUUACGUCACAACCAGAUGGAGUCGAUAUUUUUGUCUGCCGUGGAUAUGUACGGGCAUGACUUCCACCCGGAGAACCUUCAGAAGCUUAUUCUGUCCGAAACGUCAAUAUUCGAUAUACUCCACGACUUCUUCUACCACACCAACGCGGCGGUAUGUAACGCAGCGCUGGAGGUGUACGUGCGGCGCGCGUACACGUCGUACGACAUCACGUGUCUGCAGCACCUCGGCCUGUCGGGCGAGCUCGGCGUGGUGCACUUCCAGUUCAUACUGCCUACCGGACAUCCCAACAGGAUCCCGCUGAGCCAGUCGGAGAUCGAGCUGGCGGCGGCGCAGGACGAGGAGAACACGCCGGCGGAGCUGUGCGCGGCGGCGAUGCGCAAGUGCCACCACCGCACCGGCGCGCUCGCCGCCUUCCACUCCUUCGACCAGUUCGUGCAGUACGCCGACGAGCUGCUCGACCUCGUGCACGACUUCGGCACCGACGCCACGGUCAGGAAGGAGGACCUGGCGGCGCUGCAGGAGGGCAGCGAGAGUCGCAACAGCACCAGCAUCAACGUCGGCAUGGACUACAAGCAGAACGUGGACUCCGACGAAGUGCCGCUGGAGCCGAUCCACAUCCUGAUGAUCGGCGUGCGCGACUCGGGCGAGAGCGAGGACGCGGCCGUGGCGCGCCGCUUCGGCAACUUCUGCCGCGCGCACCGCCACGAGCUGCACCACAAGCGCGUGCGCCGCAUCACCUUCAUGUCGCUCAUCAAGCGACAGUUCCCUAAAUUCUUCACGUACCGCGCCCGCAACGACUUCACGGAGGACACGAUCUACCGUCACUUGGAGCCGGCGUCGGCAUUCCAGCUGGAGCUGUACCGUAUGCGCAGCUACGAGCUCGAGGCGCUGCCCACCAGCAACCAGAAGAUGCACCUCUACCUCGGCAAGGCUAAGGUGAAGAAAGGACAAGAAGUGACCGACUACAGGUUCUUCAUCAGAUCCAUCAUCAGGCACCAGGAUCUCAUCACUAAGGAAGCUAGUUUCGAAUACUUGCAGAAUGAGGGAGAAAGGGUGCUCCUGGAGGCGAUGGACGAGUUGGAGGUGGCGUUCUCCCAUCCCCUCGCCAAACGCACCGACUGCAACCACAUAUUCCUCAACUUCGGUCCCACAGUCAUCAUGGACCCCGCUAAGAUUGAGGAGUCCGUGCUCGGUAUGGUGAUGAGGUACGGACCUCGUCUGUGGAAACUGAGGGUGCUGCAGGCGGAGAUUAGGUUCACUUUGAGGAUCGGGCCCGGAGCUCCCACCAAGAACGUGCGUCUCUGUCUGUCCAACGGUUCCGGAUAUUCUCUGGACGUGUACACAUACGAGGAAGUGUCUGACCCGAGGACUGGCGUGAUAAUGUUCCAGUCGUUCGGUGCUAGGCAGGGUCCCAUGCACGGCCUCCCCAUUUCCACACCCUACGUUACCAAGGACUACCUGCAACAGAAGAGAUUCUUGGCGACGUCGCAGGGCACCACAUACGUGUACGACCUGCCCGACAUGUUCCGGCAGGUGGUGGAGCGCAGGUGGAGGGACUGCAUCGAAGAGGGCUCCGUCGAUGGUCCGAUACCGGACAACGUGAUGUCAUGUGUGGAGCUGGUGGUGGAGCCGGAGGGCGAGCGGCGGAUCGUCGAGAUGACCAGGCUGCCGGGACAGAACAACGUGGGCAUGGUGGCGUGGCGUGUCACCUUGUAUACUCCGGAGUGUCCCGACGGGCGCGACAUCAUCCUCAUAGCCAACGACCUCACCUACUACAUGGGCUCGUUCGGCCCGCAGGAGGACUGGGUGUUCUACAGGGCCUCGCAGUACGCCAGGGAGCUCAAGAUACCCAGGAUCUACAUCAGCGUGAACUCCGGCGCGCGUAUCGGCGUGGCGGAGGAGGUGAAGUCGGAGUUCAACGUGGCGUGGCUCGACGCGGAGAGGCCCGAGCGCGGGUUCAAGUACCUGUACCUCACGCCUGAGGCGUACUCGCGCCUGUCUCCACUCGCCUCCGUCAAGACGCAGCUCAUCGACGACGACGGCGAGUCGCGAUACAAGAUCACAGACAUCAUAGGCAAAGAGGAUGGUCUUGGUGUGGAGUGCUUGCGCGACGCCGGGCUCAUCGCCGGCGAGACGGCGCAGGCGUACGAGGAGGUGGUUACCAUCUCCGUGGUCACCUGCCGCGCCAUCGGCAUCGGCUCUUACGUAGUGCGCCUCGGACACCGCGUGAUCCAAGUGGAGAACUCGUACAUAAUCCUGACGGGGUACGCGGCGCUGAACAAGGUGCUGGGGCGCGCCGUGUACGCCAGCAACAACCAGCUCGGCGGCGUGCACGUCAUGCACCACAACGGCGUCUCGCACGCCGUCGCGCCCUCCGACCUCGACGCCGUCAUGACGGCGCUGCGCUGGCUCUCCUACGUGCCCAAGGAUAAAAUGAGUAUGGUGCCGAUAAUGCGUCCAGCGGACCCGGUAGACAGGCCCGUAGAGUGGGUGCCUCCGCGCGGGGCCCACGACCCGCGGCUCAUGCUCACCGGCGAGCCCGGCCGCCCAGGAUUCUUCGACGCCGGCUCCUUCGACGAGAUCAUGAAACCGUGGGCCCAGACUGUCAUCACUGGUCGCGCCCGACUCGGCGGUAUUCCUGUGGGUGUGAUCGCGGUGGAGACGCGGACCGUGGAGAUCACGCUGCCCGCCGACCCGGCCAACUUGGACUCCGAAGCCAAGACCGUGCAGCAAGCCGGACAGGUUUGGUUCCCCGACUCUGCGUAUAAAACGUCGCAAGCAAUUAACGACUUCUCGCGUGAGAAUCUACCGAUUAUGAUUUUCGCCAACUGGAGAGGAUUCAGCGGCGGACAAAAAGACAUGUACGAGCAGAUCCUGAAGUUCGGCGCGGAGAUCGUGCGUGCGCUGCGCGGCUGCACGGCGCCGGUGCUGGUGUACGUGCCGCCCGGCGCCGAGCUGCGCGGCGGCGCCUGGGCCGUCGUCGACCCCAGCGUCAACCCGCAGCGCAUGGAGAUGUACGCCGACCCCGAAGCCAGAGGAGGAGUGUUAGAAGCCGAGGGCAUCGUGGAGGUGAAGUUCAAACAGAGGGAUAUACACAAAACUAUGCACAGGCUGGACCCUGAGUUGCUCAGACAAAGCGCCAGGAUAACAGAACUAAAGGAACAAAUAAAGGAAAUAUCUAAGAAUCUCGAUCGCAGAGGAUCCAUUGAUGACGUGCUGAUCAAAACGGACGCCGGUAAACGAGCCGAGAGCCGCAUUCGCGAGUUGGAGACGGAGCUACUCGCUGCUGAGAAAACUGUUAAGGCGAGGGAAAAGGAACUUAGUCCCAUAUACCACGAGGUCGCGGUUCAGUUCGCGGAGUUGCACGACACAGCCGAGCGGAUGUUGGAGAAAGGCUGUAUAUUUGACAUAAUCCCGUGGCGGUCGUCCCGGCGCUGGCUGCACUGGCGCCUGAAGCGGCUGCUGGUGCAGCGGCAGCAGGAGCGGCGCGUGGCGGCGGCGUCGGGCGAGGAGGCGUCGGCCAGCGCGGCCGCCACGCUGCGCCGCUGGUUCGCGGAGGAGCGCCCCGAGCACGAGUCGCACAUGUGGGAGCAGGACAACGAGGCCGUGUGCCGCUGGCUGCAGCACCAGGCCAGCGACGACAACUCGCUGCUCGAGCGCAACCUGCGCGCCAUCCGCCACGACCGCGUGCUGCACACCGUCAACCACCUCAUCGUGGAACUCACCCCAUCCCAACGAGCGGAAUUCAUAAGGAAACUGUCUGCCCUCGACUUGGAAUAGGAAGAUAAAAUCUCCAACAUUAGCAUUUUUCAUGACAUAAGCGUGGUUAAGAGUAGGUUGGUGGCGGGGAGGGUUUAAUUUAACAAAUUUAUAAAUGUAGGAGGUAAUGAAUCACCUCUCAGUAUCCGCGCCUCUCCUCUCCCUCCUGCCCCGUUGGCGACGCUUCUGAUUCGUGAUAAUUAUAAAAUACAUGUUUAUUUAUUUUUAGUUUAGUUUUUAGACAUCAUUCUCGGCUGUGGGUUUAAAUAUUAUGUUUUGUUCAAAGUAUGGCAAUUUUAGGCGAAUUCUGAAUGUACAUUAAUAUGAUUUCGCGCGAAGUGCAGCUUCAAUUAGGUUAUAUAGGUCUGUAAGCAGUCUCGCUGCCGUGUUUUACAAAAAAUAUCAUUUUUUAUAUACCAGCUCAAUCAAUGGUUAUUUAUUAUUUUUAUUAUAUAAACAAAUUAUUUAAAUUGCCAAGCUCCUAGUCGGGGUUUGAGUAUCUAUUUUAAAAUUAUGUUUAUCCUAUCAAUCAAACUAAAAGCAUUAGCAAUAACAGAGUACAUAAUGUGUUCAGAUUUUUUUUAUACAUACUAUAGCCCAUUUUUCCCUUUCCCUGGGUAGGCAGAGGUGUAACCGCCACAUUCCGCCAGGUAUGCUAGGUCCCAUGUUAUAGGGGUGAACCUUUUCUGGUGUUAUAAAGAAAAAAGCUGUAUCCAACAUAUUUUUUCUACGUAUAAAAAUGUAUGUUGAAACGUCCUUUUACCUUAUGGCGGCAUUAUAACCAUUUACCGGUGACAAUUCCAGAAUUAGAAUUGUAGGUUUUUUCAAUUGGUAUGGUAUAAGUUGGUAAGGGUCUCGUCACGUACACUGGCUACGCAGGUACGCACUGCUUUAUGUCGACCCAUUCUUAUUCUUACAUACAUCUGUCUCGCUCACUCGUCGCUGCGGACACAAAUUGCGAGCGGCACGGCCCUAAGUGUGGUUUUGUGUCCUACUGCGAGCGAGCGAGACAGAUAUAUAGCAAUGAUGACCGACACGAAGCAGUGCGGAUAACAGCGUCGCUAUACAGCGUACGUGGCGUCGGAGCCGUAAGUGUCUGCGCGCGUACGCACCUGCGCCUCCAGUGUACGUAUUACUAAAUUAUCUUGUAUACGUCUGCCGUCUGGCGUACAAUACAUCAGAAUCGUAGCGAACCGAUCAUAUUUAUUACGUAAACACUGUAAUUCGGUUUGGCACUUUUCUAAGGAUACAAUUUCAUAGUAAAUAAAUGGUUAACGAAUUAUGCGAUUCUAUUUUACUUAACUCGGUAAAACUAGUCGACGCCAAGCGUUUUGUCUCACUACGUCACUUUCAACGUCAAUGGGAGCGAGACAGACAUUGUUUAAUUAUGGCAAACGUAUACAACGAUCAUUAGUAAGGCCCUAUGUAACAAAUUGAUGUGUUAUGAUUUAUCUAAGAUUUACAUAAACAUGUUGUAUCGCUUAGGACUAGGUGACCUAACUCGAAAACGAAGAUUUGUGGGAAACAAAUAUAAAGUUUUUAAAACAAUAUAAAAGGCAAUAAAUGUUAUAAUUUUUUUUCUCAUAGGGUUAUAGAGCAUGUUUUGGAAUUUUUUUUUUUUUAUUUUAUGUAUAUAAAUUUUGUGUUAGGUCACUUAGUUUUAAGGGAGUGACAUGUAAAGUUUAGAAUAGAGGUGAUUCUAAAUGGAUUAAAACUGUUUUCCGUAUGCUGUAAAAGUUUGUGAUAUAACGCGUAAAAGGUUUGUUUAUUGUUUGUAAAUAUUGAUUAAAUAAAAUAUACGUUGCUA